UUUGUUAAACGUCAAAAAAUACGAAUAGUCGAAAGCAGAAUAUAAAAAUUAAAUUAAGACGAAAUCGCAUCAUCAACAUAGUAGAAAAGGUUGGGAUAUAUUUGCAAGCUUAAAUACAAUUAAUAUAAUAGUUGCAAACGAAUACGUAAUUUGAAUUAAUAUUAAUUUUUGUAAUUUGAAAAAUAUUAAACGCAGUUAUUAUUGGUUAUAAUGGCUUCUGGCACAACGUUACAAAAAGCAAUAGAUUUAGUGACAAAGGCUACAGAAGAGGAUCGAAAUAAGAAUUAUGCAGAGGCACUGCGUCUAUACGAACAUGGUGUGGAGUACUUUCUGCAUGCCAUUAAAUACGAGGCACAGGGCGAGAAGGCGAAAGAUUCGAUUCGCACAAAAUGUUUACAGUAUUUAGAUAGAGCUGAAAAGCUAAAGGAAUACUUAAAAAAGGGAAAGAAAAAACCGGUGAAGGAGGGUGAAUCUAAUUCGAAGGAUGACAAGGAUAAGAAAAGUGACAGCGACUCUGACGGUGAAGAUCCGGAGAAAAAGAAAUUGCAAAGUAAACUUGAAGGUGCAAUCGUUAUUGAAAAACCGAAAGUUAAAUGGUCCGAUGUUGCUGGUCUUGAUGCAGCAAAAGAAGCACUUAAAGAAGCUGUUAUAUUACCAAUUAAGUUUCCACAUCUUUUUACUGGUAAACGUAUACCUUGGAAAGGAAUUUUAUUGUUUGGUCCACCUGGUACCGGUAAAUCAUAUUUAGCGAAAGCUGUGGCAACUGAAGCCAACAACUCGACAUUUUUUUCCGUAUCCAGUUCAGAUUUAAUGUCAAAAUGGUUAGGAGAAUCAGAGAAAUUGGUUAAGAAUCUCUUUGAGUUAGCUCGACAACAUAAACCAUCGAUUAUAUUUAUUGAUGAAAUAGAUUCUAUGUGCUCGGCGAGAUCAGAUAAUGAAAAUGAUAGUGUACGACGUAUUAAAACAGAAUUUCUAGUACAAAUGCAGGGCGUUGGCAAUGACACAGAUGGUAUACUCGUUUUAGGAGCCACCAAUAUACCAUGGGUGUUGGAUUCUGCUAUACGUCGACGUUUUGAAAAGCGUAUAUACAUUCCUUUACCGGAACCACAUGCGCGUUUAGUUAUGUUUAAGAUACAUUUGGGCAACACUACACAUGUGUUGACUGAAGCAGAUUUAAAAGAACUGGCUAGUAAAACAGAUGGGUAUUCAGGCGCUGAUAUAUCAAUCGUCGUACGUGAUGCAUUGAUGGAGCCAGUACGUAAAGUGCAAACUGCCACACAUUUUAAGAAAGUAACCGGUCCAUCACCUACUAAUAAGGAUAUUAUUUGCGAUGAUUUGUUAGUGCCUUGUUCUCCUGGAGAUCCAGGUGCAUUUGAAAUGGCUUGGAUGGAUGUACCCGGAGAUAAAUUAUACGAACCACCAGUGACUAUGCGUGAUAUGUUAAAAUCACUGUCACGUACGAAGCCCACAGUCAAUGAAGAUGACUUAACCAAGUUACGCAAAUUUACAGAAGAUUUCGGGCAAGAAGGAUAAGCAAAAACAAACCCUUACGAAAGAACAACUUAAUAGGCAUUAAUAUAAAUGAACUCUUAAUACAAACUGCAAUUGUUGCUUAUUAUUUAGUAAUUUAAACUGUUCUCAACGGAUGAAUCAAAAUUAUCUGGUUUCCAGAAAAGAAAACAAGGAAGAAAAAUUUAUGUAGUAUAUCUCAGUUUUUAAGAAAAUUAUUAUUGUAUUUAAUGUGACAAUUUUAUUUCUGUAUAAUUUUUAUUAUUCGUAUGUAAUCAUUUUGCAAGUAUAUAAGUUAAGAGUAUUGAUUUUAUGUUAUAGCGAAUGCACAUAAUUACACACGCAACAUCAGAAACAACAUUAUUUUUAUACUCGGCAAAGCAACAGCGUUGAACGAAUAAAUUGGCUAUAUAGAAAAAUAUCGGUACUCCACACUAUAUAUGAUCUUAGUAAAUACUUCAUUUAAAUAAAAACUCAAAUAUAUAAAA